CUUGGUGCACUUUCGCGCUCUCCGAUCUUUCGAAGUUCGAAAAGUUUCGACGUCGUCUCUCCGCUGAGAAGAUAAAAGAUCUUCAUCGUCAUCAAAAUGCUGAACAAGAACAUUGCUAUCGCUGUCGCCGUGGUGUUGGCUCUGGUCUGCCUGGCAGAAGCCAGGGAGGAAGGCCCUCACGAUAUGGCUGAUGCUCUCCGUAUGCUGCAAGAACUGGAUCGCUACUAUACCCAGGCCGCUAGACCAAGGAUUGACCGCCGCGACGUUGCGGAUGGAGACCGCGUCGAUCCGGACUUGUUAAAUCGCGCUGUGCGGCUCCUCGUGCUACAGAAAUUAGACAACAUUUACUCCUACCACACCCGACCAAGGUUCGGGAAGCGUUCUGAUGCCUACACGAACUGGGCCAAGGAUCUUGAGAAGCCGGACUUACCCGCCUGGCUGGCGUAUGCUAGAAGGAGAUGAGAAGUGCAACAGUCUCGGGAUCCAUAUUAAUAACCAUGUCAUUUAAAUCAAUGUUCGUGAUUACUGUUAACAGUUUUAAACGUUUAAGUACCACAUUCCAAGUAAAUUUUAUCCUUUAACGUGUACCUUAACCCAUAUUUAGUAGAGACUCGCAAGUUUGCGUUCUGACUGAUUUAAAAUGUAUUUAUUUUAUUGAAUAGUUUAUUUAUGAAUUUUAUUUUACUGAAUAAUUUAUUUAUUUACCUAAUAUUUUAUAAUUAAUUCAUUUUUGUAGAUUCCGAUGGAUAGACAAUGAUUUGUAUCUUAUUGUAUUCAAAUAUUUAAACGAUUUUCAGUCUACUUCUACCUAAUUUAAGAGUCAAUAAGUCAUAGAAUUCAAAAUAACAAUGUACCUUUACGGUUCAAAUAUCAUUGUAAUGUUAUGAAUAAAAGCAAUUGAUAA